AUGUAUGCAAGUCGCCGGCAUCCGCAUUUUAUAACAAGCACACCCGCCUCGGUCAUUCAACGUCAGAAGCAGCAUUUCGAUCAAACGCCAUUGCCGACAGUUCCAACUCGUCAAAGCGCCAAUGUUGGAGCAUCCUUGCAAAAGCAAGAAAACCCCCCUGUCUUGUCAAACCAUUCAAAUGGCGUGGCCCAUGCCGCACCCGCGAAACCAAAGAAAUCCCCUCUACAGAAUCGGGACCAGCACUGUCCUCCUGGUCAGCCCACCCGAAAACCACGAAAGCCUUAUACCAUCACUAAGUCACGCGAGGUUUGGACUCCGGAGGAGCACACUCGCUUCCUGCAUGCACUCCAGCUCUACGAUCGCGACUGGAAAAAGAUUGAAGGCUACAUCGGCACGAAAACCGUCUUGCAAAUUCGCUCUCAUGCCCAAAAGCAUUUUGGCAAGGUCGCAAAAUAUAAAACAGGGGAAUACAUUCCUCCACCAAGAGCAAAGAAGCGAGCAACUCUUCCUUACCCGAGAAGUCGUUCUUCGACUGGGAGCAAGUCUGGAAGCGGAUCGGGUGGAAGCGGCAGCGGGAGUGAUAGCGGCGCUGCCACUGAACUGGGACUUGCAAGUGGCACGGGUAGUAUAAGCGGAAGCGGCACAAAUGGAAACAACUCGGAAAAUGCACCCUCAUUGGCUACCCAUGUCGCUAUCGGUGAGCAAGGCAGGACGGCACAUUCCCGACCAAGCCAUCAGGUUAUCAAACAUAACAAGCCUCCUGCUGUCGACUCGGACGGUAAUGACAGUUCAAUACGCAAGGCACCGAGCCCGUACUACAACUUACCCAAGGCUCAUAACGCCCAAGGGCGACGUCCCUCUGUGCCACAACACUCACAGCUCCAGUCCUGGAACGAAUCCAGACCCAGAUUGGGUGCAGUUGGUGACAAUCGCCUGACAUCCGAAGAUACCACUCGCGGAAUUGAUCACUCACGUGGAUCACACAGUGCGCAGCAGCAAAACUCGAGAAAGACAUCAGCGAGAGCCCCACUAGGUGGAGUGAAUUCGAUUAUUGACGGUCAGCAGGUGGCACGAUAUGAACCUGCGAGGGGUGAACAGAGCAAAGCCAAAAUUUCUUCUGGUCAGGGAAUCGGACCUUGUAUGAGGCCUGAACUACUCGGUAGGCGUGAAAACCAUUUAGUUCAUAGCAACGAGAAUGCCAGUUCUUCAGGACCGAGCAACUCAUUGCAAGUUCUCUCCAAUUGUGUUGAUAUCAUGCAAAGAGAUGCGCGCCCCGAGUGUUCCCCAGCCCUAGGAUGGGCCACAGCAGCUGCUGCUCGACGAGCGCACAGGGCAAAGGUCAUUCGCUCCCGGAAACCUCCGCUACCCGCCCCGAUGGCUCAUUCUCGAUCUUCCUCUCCGCCUGGAUGUAAACCGCAGAUGGCCCCUCGCAACUCUAGUUGGCGCGAAAGUGGCGAGCAACUACCGCCACCCAGAGAAGCUGGAGCUACGCGCGGUCCUGCAAAGUCCAUGGAUACGGACCGUCGCGACGAUUCUCGAUCGCCUCCGGCCGAUCAAACGGCAUCCGAUACACGAGGAAGAAGUCCACCCACGGGCUCGCAGGGAGAUGGGACCCGCUGCAUGCCCCAGGACCCGCAACGAAGCUCUGCUGGGUCGGCAACUAUCAGCGACGAUGCGAUAGCAGGAUUCUCCGCUAGUGAUCGCCCCAGCGUGAGCGAUAUGGGUGGCUCUUCUGGUGGGAGUGGAAGAAGUGAAAGUAUUGAGCACAGCGAUCCUGGAGAGGCCGAACCCAAAUCGAGUAACGAUGGAAGUGGCGAUGAUGGCAACCGUCGAAGCCCUUCUACAAGAGGCUCCUCUCCAGGAGAUCCAGCAUCGUCAGGGUCUCGCGAGAAUACACCAAAUUCUAAUAUGACGGACGGUAAUGAGGCUGACAUAUCUUCACCGAGAGAGCAAUGUGCUUUGGCGACCAAUAAGGAUCAGAAGCCGCCAGCAUCGGAACCCAUGAGCGUGGGUCCAACAGGAGAAAAUGAUCGGGUGGUCAAGUCUGAAAAGAAGGGCAGUAUCGGUGAUCGGAGUAACCUGAACAUUAGGACAGAACCUGAGAUCUCCCCAGCACAGAGCCAUACAGAAGUUCAUGAGGCCAGCAGUGUUUCCAUUCCGAAACCAUCCGCCCCGGUAAGUUUGAGCGGCCUUCGGGAGCCCCAGUCGAUUGCCGACUUGUGCAGUGCGGCACCAGAGGAGACGCAUGGCGCUGAUGGGAGCAGGAAAAGACCCAGAAGCAUAGCUAGUAAGGAAAUGACUCCUCAAAACACGAAUUCGAUUGGAGAGGAAAAGAGAGAAGAGGCAGCAAAGCGGAGACGACCAGACAACAACACUGUGAAGGCGCUUCCGACCACUCCACAAGAUCCCCAACCACGAGGCCGUGAACCAACCGUGGGUAUACAGCACACCCCAACUACCGCCGGCAAACCGGAACCUAUCUAAUUCAACUUGUUUGACUAUGAGAAACAUUUAUUCAUACGAAAAUACAUGCAAGGUUAGAACAAGUACCUGGCUCACCCUGUUUCUGUCCUUUAUCUUGUUUACACUCAAACAGUUCAUUUCUCUGAAGCUCCAACUCUUCCGGCACAACUUGUCUCGGGAAGCGUGGUUCUCAGGGAGGCUUAUUAUAAAUGCUAUGUGUGUUUUUUUA